UUGUUUUAAUAUUAAGAAAAUACUGUUUUUAAGACUUCAACUUGUAUUUUCCGCCAUUUUAAACUCCCUAGGUCAUUCUCCACCCCGCGACCAAUACCUAUUCGAGAUUCUAACCUCUAAUUUCUUAUUCUGAAAAUUGUAUGAGUGAAAAUUUAUAGGAGCGACAAGGUAAUAAAUAAAAAUGUCAGAGGAAAUUGAUAAACCACCCGUCGAAUUUCGUCUUGGGCCUGAUCCAAAUAUUACUUAUCCAAUUCGAGUACAAUACUGUGGAAACUGUUCCCUCCCCAUUGAGUACUGUGAGUACUACCCAGAGUACGAGAAAUGUAAACAAUGGCUGGAGCGAAAUCUUCCCAACGAAUUUGAGAAGGUCAAACUAGUCGAAGAUGGAAAUACUGAGUCCGGCGGUGGUGAGGACGAGAAGAAGCGUCAGAAGAGGGGUGGAAAGGGCAUGCUAAAAGCUAAGAAGAAGGAGGAUGUGCCUAAAUUAGUGACAGUCUCCAGAGCUCCGCGGGGAAAGAAAAAAUCUGUGACUGUAGUCACUGGUCUGAGUACAUUCGAUAUCGAUUUAAAAGUGGCAGCUAAAUUCUUCGGUAGUAAAUUCGCCUGUGGUUCGAGUGUAACAGGCGAGGAUGAAAUUGUCAUUCAGGGAGACGUCAAGGACGACUUGUUCGACGUGAUUCCCGAGAAAUGGCCACAGAUCGACGAGGACUCGAUAGACGAUCUGGGGGAUCAGAAGAGAUAAUCAAUCGAUUGGCUAAACUGCUCGCACAAUAUUUAUGGUGAAAAUCCCUCGAUGUAAAGGAAUAUAAUUUUUUUUCGCUCGUAAUAAGAUGUAAAUAAAUUCAAUUUUCUAUUCUGCCUCUCCUGGCUCUUCCUCCACCUCCUCGGGCUCGUCUAGAUAAGUUGAGAUCACCUGGAGCAGGGCCUCUACUUGCUCCUCUGAUAGACGAUCUUCACUCUCCUCUAUGAUCUGAAAGAAUAGGGAAAUUUCUAUCCAUUUCGUCUGCUUUGGAACAAGUUCGAUCAUUUUUAAAGGAGUCCAAUAAACUCCAGUUGAUUCAUUAAGUGUAACGAGACAAAAUAAAUUGAAAAAGUCAAAUAAAAA